AUGGAAGAAAAAGAAAAAAGAGCAGACGCCAGGAGAGAAAGAGUGAAAAUAUUUAGCAGUGCAAAAAGCAACAUAAAAAAGAGGAUUAUUCUGUCUGUGCUGCUUGCGCUUGGAUUUCUUGCCAUAAUAUCGCUGGGCAAGUCCGUUUUAAUAGGAUUUAUAAUUGUUCUGAGUAUUCUCGUGUUCUCAGAGAUCCUCAGAGUGCUUCUAAGAAUAAAAAGAAGAAAAGCGCCAGGACAGACUAGCGCUACUAGACAGGCCAGAAAUGGCAAAAAUAUUAAAAUGAAUGGUAGAAAAAGUAAUAAAAGCAAAAGCAAAAGCAGAAAUAGUCAGAAAAUAAACAGCAAUGAACAGAUAGCAAAUGAGGACAGAAAAAACGAUCUUAAGAUAGAAAAUAAUGAAGAGAUGAGCAACAGAAGACUUGAUGAUAAAAAGAGCAGUUGUAGCACUGAUAAUGUGUGUAGCAAUCUUAGAACAGGCGAUAGUAAGACAAGUAAUAGCGACAGUGAGCCUGUAAAGGGCAACAUACUUCCCGUCUCUUUCUUUUGGUGCUGUUUCUGUUGCAUUUCUUUCCUCAAGUACGGGAGGCUGCUGUUUCCAAGCAGAGCGCUUCUAAUCAACAAAAUCUUCAUACCCGUGCAGUUUAUUUGGAUCUGGUGGUUUAUCAUUCUCCUCAGGGGGCGAUCCUACAGGAUGAAAAUAUUUUAUCUUUCAAUAGUUGUUGUCUCGAUAGUAGGCCUGCUGGAGUGCACACAGUCUGCCAUCAAUAACGUAAAUAGAGGAAUAUACUGGUUUGUCUUUCCUUGUGUUCUAGUUGGCGUAAACGACACAUUUGCAUACUUAGUAGGGAAGACGCUAGGGCACACACAGCUAAUCCAGCUGAGCCCCAACAAAACAGUAGAAGGAUUCCUGGGUGGCGGCAUUUUUACCGUUAUUUUGUCAUUUCCCAUAUCAAAAAUCAUCAGAAUGGCGGUGAGUGAAGAUGUAAAAACAUCGAAUAUUGAAACAGCAGUAUUUGGAAUGAUCGCAUCCAUCAUAGCCCCAGUGGGAGGAAUAAUAGCGAGCGGAUACAAGAGAGCCUUCAAGGCGAAACACUUCAGCACACUGCUUCCCGGCCAUGGGGGAGUAUCGGACAGAAUAGACUGCCAGUUAAUCAUGCAGUUGGCAAUUGAUUUGUACCUGAUAGGAGCAGUACGAAAAAGAACAGUAACAGGGUUUGUGGUGGAAAUAGAGUCGCAUCUGACACGAAAGGAAACCUUGGACCUCGCAAAUCUACUAAUAGAGAACUGUAAAAACACAAAAAUAAAUGAAAUAUUUUAG